AUGUGUAGCAACUCCAACAAAGAAAAAUAUCUCUUUUAAAAGUUGCAAAAAUAAGUACUAUAAAUGGCUAAAUUUGGCGAUUUGGGUAAUUUUCUAGUGUUGUGUAUACUACUAGGAAUAGUUGGUUCUAGCUAUGGUCAGUUGCAGCUCAACUUCUAUGCAAAGAGCUGUCCGCAAGCAGAAAAGAUAAUUCAAGAUUAUGUGUAUAAGCAAAUCCCAAGGGCUCCGUCUCUUGCCCCUGCGUUGCUCAGAAUGCAUUUCCACGAUUGCUUUGUCAGGGGUUGUGAUGGUUCUGUACUCCUGAAUUUCACUUCGAGCACUAAAAACCAGACUGAAAAAGUGGCUGUUCCUAAUCAAACGCUGAGAGGCUUCUCAUUUAUCGAUGGUGUGAAGAAAGCAUUGGAAGCUGAAUGCCCUGGAGUUGUGUCAUGUGCGGAUAUUGUUGCCUUGGUUGCUAGAGACUCUGUUGUAGUCACAGGAGGCCCUUACUGGAAGGUUCCAACUGGUAGAAGAGAUGGAAGAAUAUCAAACGCCUCGGAAGCCUUGGCAAACAUCCCUCCUCCGACAAGUAACUUUUCCAGUCUCCAGACGUCUUUUGCCAGCAAGGGUCUUGACCUAAAAGACUUGGUACUAUUGUCUGGUGCACAUACCAUUGGAGUCUCUCACUGUCCGUCAUUUUCAUCACGUUUAUACAAUUUUACUGGAGUUUGGGGCAAAAAAGAUCCAUCUCUAGACAGCGAAUAUGCAGCUAAUCUAAAGAUGAAGAAAUGCAAAUCCAUCAAUGACAACACCACAAUUGUCGAAAUGGAUCCUGGAAGCUCCAGUAAAUUUGAUCUUAGUUACUUCCAGCUUGUGCUCAAGAGAAGAGGGCUAUUUCAAUCUGAUGCAGCCUUGACAACAAGUGCGAAAACAAAGUCAUUCAUCAACCAGUUAGUACAAGGAUCACUCGAACAAUUCUAUGCCGAAUUUGGUGUAGCAAUGGAGAAAAUGGGAAAGAUUGAGGUCAAGACCGGCUCUGCUGGUGAGAUUAGGAAGCACUGUGCAGCUGUGAAUAGUUAAGAGCUGUCUAUUUCCCUUUGUUCCCAAAUUCCAAUAUUCGUGUGUUCGUAUUCUGUAUGUAAUCUUUGUGUGAAUGAUUCGGGAUAACAUGUAUCAUUUCUUUUUGUAGUUAUUCCGAUAUAUUGAUCGUUUUCUUGAAAUAAAACUAAGAUUCCAAGAAGAGCUUUAUGUAUAAUGCAGCCUUUCCUAGAAGAGGUUUUUCGUUGA